AUGCAGCGAAAUCUCGAGAAAAUCAAGAAAGUCAAAGAGAAAAUCGGGGAUCUUGCCGAAAAGAAACCACUUGCAGCCUCGACGGGUGGAGAUUCCAAUGCUACAGUUCGCGAGACAAGCUGUGCCGAGGGGCAGCAAGGCGAGUAUUGGGCGAACUAUGAGAUUCUGAACCUUCCAUGGUCUGAAUCCAUGGCUGAAAGGGAGAGGUGA